GGCAUAUGGGAGUCCUUUUGUUUUUUAUCAGAUACUAGUUGAAUGAAUGUCUGUUUUUUGCAAGUCUGUGUCGCCCAGUAUAUUCCAUGUGAUGCAAUGUGUGGUAUGAAAACUGGCUGACCUUUUCAUGCUCCUUGGCUCUUGACAGAAUUUACAGCUCAAAGCAUGAUCGGGCGCAAAACAAGGCAUCUUUGUGCAAGGCACAUAUCAGUUUAAUAAUGUUCCAGUUGUUUCAAAACUACAGCUGUGGUUCCCCCAUUUAUGGCUUGUUUAACCAGCUAGCUAGGAUCACAAUAUUUAAGGUAUCUUCCUUGGGCCACACCACAUUUUCCUUGAUGAGACUUUCCACCCUCUAAAUACUAACUCCAUGUUUGCAGAUUACUGUCACAUAACUAAGAUACUUUUCCAGCUCCAGGGACUUGAGGAGACUUGUUUCCACUUGCUUGUGAUGGUGCAGUCCAAUAAAGAGCUAUUGCGUCAGGACUAAUCGUAAAUCAGCCACAACUAAUAUACGACAGACAGUUGAGGUAAAUUAAAAAAUUGAUCAUUUCCUCGCAAUGCAAUCCCCAGAUAGGUAACCUUGGGUGCUGGUCUUCAUAUUGACAUAUAUUAUUAUUUAUUAACACAUCCAGUCAAGUAAAAUAUGCCUCACACAGUAACCUGCAGCACUCAAAGGAUCCACGCUGAAUGUUUUGAUGCCAGACUACAUUACGGGUCAGUGCCAUUUUAGCAGCAUUAACUCACACAGUGCAUAGUUUCUGAUAGUCAUUUGAGCAUUAUGGAUUUUUUACUCUUCCGAAUGAUUUUCACUGGCACUGAUUGUGUUGUAGAGAUGGGAAAAUGCACUUCAUCAAAACACCCAAGACAUUUUCACAGCACCAAUCAAAGCAGCUGUUUGUUUCCGAUUGUACUAAGAGUCGUUUCACACAAACUGCAUAAAAACUUUCAAAAAGAAAAUAGAAAUAGAAAAGCCUGCACUUCAAAGAACAGUGGCUCUGUGUUCUUCUGAAUACUCUUUCAGCAUCGGGAACUGGUCAAGCCAGAUCUCUCAAAAGCCCUGAGCCACAUCCCACUUUAUCUCAUGACUAACAAUAUCUUUUUAUGCCUUAGACUUUAUACACAAAACAACUGAGCAACACAAGACACAAGCAGAUCCCUCCCAAUUUUAUUACAGUAGUUUUACAAAUUGAACGUUUACUCUCGGUGAGCGCAGUUAAACUGAGGGAGGAGACUUGCGAAAGUAGCUGAGCAGAGGAGGGAGGACCUACCUGUCAAGAAAGAAAUCUGACAGCAGUGCACCGAUGAGGACGAUGACUGCUAGCUGAGGGAAAUAAAUACAGUAGUGGAAUGUGUCUGUUCAUCUGUUGAAGAGUGGAAAGCUCAAAAUGGGUGGCACUCAAAGUCAGAGGAAGAACAGCAGGAGAUCCAGCUCAAGGAGUUACACCAACACCGUCACCUCUGACUCAGAGGGUCAUUUUGGCACUCCUGAGGCAGCGACUCCUGUCCGCGCCCCGCCGACCAUCCCAGGAGAGCUGGAGAACAACAACUCUGAUGCAGACAAAACAGAGUUGGAGCAGGAGGAGAACCUGAUAGUGACUGCUCCUGUCAGGGAUCAGGACACUCUGCUCAGCCACAACAUGGGUCAGGAUGAGCCUGCAGUCCCCAUGGGUGGCCCGCUCGAAAUAAACAUUCAGACCCUAGAAGAAGAACAAACAGUGAAAUUUCCAGCAGAUUUGGGCUCUUUGCCUGCUGCUGAUUUAUCCACACAGAAGGAAGUGGCUCCAUCCUCUGAGUCAUCCCAAGUCCCAGCUACUCUUCUAGCAGCUGAUCCAGUCCCAGAUCUGGCUUCAGCUCUGGGUCCUGCUCUUUCCUCAGAACCAGAUUCAAUCCUGAGCAGUGAACCUGAAAUCCUCUCAGCUCCAGAGCCCCUUGAGGAGAAACCUCCUGCUCAACCAGAGGCACAAUACAAUGGCCUGUCCAACGAGGCAGAGCCUACUCAAAAGAGUAAAACGAGGAAAUCCAAACCUCCGUCUCUGAAAAUGAAGUCCUCGCUGAAUAACGCUGCUAACACAAACGAGGAAGAAGAGCUUCCUGUCCCUAAGGUCACGUAUAACUUUGACCUUUUGGAUGAGAGCUUUAACCCAUUCACCAGCGGCGGAUCAAAAAUCCAAAACUCUCCCCCACCGUGUGAACCGGGCUCUUUCCCCAGACUCGAGCCACUCGGAGAGGCCAGCUCAGCAGCACAAGCACACUCGGAAACAACAAAUCCAUCAUCUGAAGUUAAGCCCAUGAUGAUGGAGUUUGGCCUGGAUGAAGGACCAGCCAGCAGACCUCCUCCAAAGAACCUAGGAGGGAAAAAGACAAUCAGUAAACUUGCUACAAAGAAGCAGAAGCCCAAAGGAUCCGAGGCUUCCUGCAAACCUGAACCAGAACCCACAGUGUUAGAAACACUUUCACAGCCAGCACCAGAACCAGUCCCCCAGUCUAUACCAGAGCCAGUUUCAGAGCCUGAUCUGGAAGUUUCUCUUCCAGUUUCAGACUCUUCUACACCUUUGAACUUGGACGAUGUUCCUAUUCUUAAGACAGGAUCAUAUAACUUUGAUCCCAGUCAGUCAGAUGACCCAAACUUCAAUCCAUUUGGUAGCAAUAGCAAGGUGAACAACUCUCCAGUGCUUCCUAGAAGCUCCUACAGCUUUGACCCGGACAAUAUUGAUGUUUCUGUGGACCCUUUUAAACCUUCAAAAUCUCUGAGCAACGAGGACACGUCCAGUACCUCGUCUCUGCCGGAGAAAAAAUUAAAAGAAGGAGAGAAACAAAAGGCAAGGCAACCUCAGGUGGAGAAGAAAGUGAGGCAGAUUCCCAAGAAAAACAAAGAGAGAACAAUCAAGAAUUCCUGUAAAGUAGAGAAAUACGAUGAAAGCCAGUCCUUGGUCCUUGACGUGUGUAAUCAGGAUGAGGAUGAAGUGGUGGUACAGACCCCAGAAAUCACUCAGCGAGUUCAUCAUGCCACCGAUGAGGAGAAACUGGCCUCCACUUGUAUGAUGGGACAGACAACAGACAGCCAGCAGGAGAGAGAGGAGCCAGAAUGCAAUAAAGCACCUGCAAAAAAGCAGCUAAGCAGUGAUCCAGUGAUAAUGGAUGGUUCUGAGACAAAGGUUGCAGACCAGCUGGAGGAGAAGGACAGCUUCAGCCUGAAAGAUGAUAUAAGUGCGAUGUCCACAACAACAAAACUGACCUGCAAUGAGGGCCCUGACACAGCAGCCCUGUCCCAGGACAGCGUGCCUCUGAGCGAGAUGGACAAAGCUGCAGUGCUAACCCUGAUCAGAGAAGAGAUCAUCGUUAAAGAGAUUGAGGUCAAUGAAUGGAAGAGAAAAUAUGAAGAAAGUCGAGCAGAGGUUAUGGAAAUGAGGAAAAUAGUUGCAGAAUAUGAGAAAACAGUCGCACAGAUGAUUGAGGAUGAGCAGCAGCAGAAGACCCUGUCAUGUAGUAAGUCAGUGAGACAGCUGACCUUAGAGAGAGAUCAGGCCCUGGCUGACCUCAACUCAGUGGAGCGCUCCUUUGCUGACCUCUUUAGGCGGUAUGAGAACAUGAAGGGAGUCUUGGAGGGCUUUAAGAAGAAUGAGGAGGUGCUAAAGAAGUGUGCUCAAGACUACCUGAUGCGGAUCAAGCAAGAGGAGCAGCGAUAUCAAACCCUCAAAAUCCACGCUGAGGAGAAACUCGACAAGGCCAAUGAGGACAUAGCCCAGGUACGUGCCAAGGCAAACGGUGAGAGUGUGGCCCUAAACGCAAGCCUGAGAAAGGAGCAGAUGAAGGUGGAGUCACUUGAAAGAGCUGUCCUUCAGAAGAAUCAAGAGAUUGAAGAGCUCACCAAGAUCUGUGAUGAACUGAUCGCCAAACUGGGAACAGAAUAGGACGCCUUUCAUCAAACUCUGUGGCUCUUAAUUGCUUCCUCUUCAGCCCCAGAUUUUUCUCACAACAACAUCUGCUUUAAAUCUUUUACAUGAUCAUAGAUCAGGCACAUUGCAACUUUCAUUGCUUGUUUGUUUAAAUAUACAGUAUAUUACUGAAGGACAGUAUGGUUGCACUUGCUCAUUUUCUCCUUUCAGACUGAAAUACGAUGAGAGUACAACUAUUGUUGUGUUAAUCAUGUCAGGACCAUUGAAGAAGCACACAAUUAUAACAGGAUGUAAUGUUGUUGUUUGUUUUUUUUAAUAAGUCACUCAAUGAUUUGUAAACCUUUGCUUCAGGAUUUACAGUAAAGUAUCAUUUUACGUUUCUGGGAUUUACCCAUUUUCAAGUGUUGUCUCAUCACGUCUCGUCUCAUAACGAUUUUCCACCCCCAUUUUACACUGCAUGUGUGCAGGAGCUAAGGGAAAAGAUGACGCUGGCAGGGAUGCAUGCACAUUUUCUUUACACCAGAGCACAUUUAUACUGCAAUUAACUGCGUUAAUAAUACAAUCCAUGUGCUGAGUGCCUAAAUGGAUCAUUUUGUAUAGUUUUCAGGUCAUUUAUCUCAGAUUAAGUAAGUUGCCUUUCAGUUUGUAUUUCUUAUUUCACAGGUUUACACAGUGUGUCCUUCAGUUAUACGUGGGUUUACAUUAAGCUGUUUUUGAAUCUUGGGGAUUGUUAAAUAUAAAGAGCACUUCAAAAGAAUCAAAUAUUAAAUCCAAGUUUUUAAUCACUUUGAUGAUACUUUGACUUUAAUAUUGUAAAACCUGCUUUUAUUAUGCUGUAGUACAAAACCAUGUGGCAUGUUUCAUUUUCGACUGCUCUGCGUUUGAGUGUGGAAAAGUUACCAGUUGCCAUAAAAAUUAUUUGGGGUUGUGUCCAUAUUUUAUUUAUGAGCCAACACAUUGCUUGUGCCUUUUGAGAGAAAACAAAAGAAAGACAAACAGGUUUAUUUUUUUUCUUUGUGCAGUUGUUUCCAAGCUGUUUGCAAAGAGUACUGUAGUCAGUGUAUUUCUUGUAUGAUUGAACUGCAGUCAGUUGCAGUGGAUUUGCAGUUUCAGUGCUAUCACCUUCAGCAAUAGAUCAGCGAGGCCUGUCGGGUUCAUUGUACAUCUUUUGCUGUAUCAAUAUUUUCUGGUCUGAUUUCACUUGAAUAAGCACACGAGUGCAUUUUUGGUCCGAAGUGUAUAAAAGACACAUUUUGUACAGUAGCCUUCAUUACAUCAGCACAAUCAAUUGCCAAAUGUCACAGCAAAAUGAAGUGGGUUUCAGUGUGACCUCAUGUCCCGUCGUGGUGGUGUUAACAUUAGUUGGAAGGUGCUUUUAAAAUUCACAGUUAUAGUACAUUUUAUACUUUAUAAAAAGAGUAUUCAUAAUUGUGUUGCUAAUGUUUGUAAAACGAAAGAAUUACGUAUACUCAGAUUGUAUGUCAACUGUUAUAUUUUGUGCAUUCCUUAAUAAAUGGUUAAGAUUUAAUAAUA